AUGCUGUCAUAUCGUGCAGGAUGUUUAUGGCUCAUUACUUGCUCUCCGGGCUUGGCUCUAACGUCAAAACAGCGAUUCUUUGAAAUCCUAUGUCAAAAAGGCCGCCUUUCUGCUCCCCAGAUCGCCCAAAAAUGUCGACUGCCUCUACGCCAAGUCAAAUCUGCACUGGCUGCUCUGAUCCAGCUUCGGCUGAUUUAUCACCAUACUAACGCUGAUGGUCUAUCAACAUAUCAAGCAAACCAGCAGAAUGCUUAUCCGCUGUUGAGGGCAGGUCGCCUGAUUCAACUCGCGCGGGAAUCGGGAGGGCCUACAGCUGCGGAGACCUUGAGAGAGCUGACUCUUUUGGGUUAUGCAACAGUACAGGAACUAGAGGUCCGAGUGUGUAGGAAUGGCGACGUCGGACAUACUCACAAUCACUCAGGACAAGUGAAUGGUUUUAGAAAUACUGCGGGAAUCUCGGACCCAGAAACUAUCGAUUCUUCGGCCUUUCGAGCCGCCUUAGUACAUCUCAUUGACAACAGGUAUAUCACCAAGCUCAGAGAUGCACAUUUUCAGUCGAUAUUUGAUGCUCGGCAAGAGAUCGAACGUCAUUUGAACUCUUUCGAUGGUAGUGGCCCUACAGCAAAGAGUAAGAAGGCACAGUCGGAUCAAGAUGCGAAGGCUCUCCAACAACUUAAACAACAUCUGGACGACACUACGUCGGCGGAUGUGGUCUUGCAUGAGCUUUCAGUCGAUGUGAACGAUGGGCCAGCCUUUGGGAAACAAACUCUCCUCAGUGUUAAUUAUUCCAACUUGACGUUUGUCUUGCGUAAUCAAUUACUAGCCAGGGCAGCUGGACGAAUGUUUGGACAGCCAACUGCACAAGUUGCAAAAGCCGCGGCAAAGCAAAUCGAUUUGCACCUCCACCCACUCGGGCCUCCUUCGCCAACCGAUCUCCCCGAGACUCCACAGAAGUUGGACAUCGACCAAAUAUUGGACGACGUGCAUUUCGACGACGAACCUCUUCGCAAUACCAGGCCAAGCACAAACGGAUGGUCCUCUGAUCGACAUGUCAAUGGUUUCCAUUCCUCGAAUAGCAAUGGCGUGCACCACCGGACAGACGUUAUUCGUCAUCUAGAAAUCUUGGCAGAAGGGGCAUUCUCUUUCUUUGAAUACAACUCCGUCUUGGAUGAAUGGUUUGUGCACAAAAAAAAGUUGAGCCUCUUUCUCCGCGACCAAGAGCUUAUGCGGCUUGUAGCGGAGGGCUUACGCGUGGACGAUCCGAAAUUGAGAAUUGUCCGGAUGCUGAGUGACAAGGGUAAAUUGGACGAGAAGAACCUGCAAGAGAUUGGGCUGCUCAAUGCCAAGGAACUUCGACAGAGUCUAGCAUCCUUGCAGUCAGCAGGGCUUCUAGAAUUGCAGGAGGUCCCAAGAGAACCGCAAAGACAACCGAAUCGAACAAUAUUCCUUUGGUUCUACGAUGCCGAAAGGGUACAGAAAAUGUACCUAAACAAGCUCUACAAAUCUAUGUCGAGACUAUUUCAGCGGUUGGAGGUCGAACGAGAUCGCAUUGCCACUACCCUUACCAAGAUUGAACGCACGGAUGUCCAAGGCCUCGAAGAGGAUAUCCUCUCUGUAGCAGAACUAAAAGUCUUGAGUCAGUGGCGACAGAGAGAGGCUUGGUUCAUGGCAGAGGUCAGCCGUAUUGAUGACGCCGUCUCGAUCCUGCGUGAUCUCUAA